UGUGUGUUCACUGCUGUGUGUGUGCACUGGAUGGGUUAAAUGCAGAGCACGAAUUCUGAGUAUGGGUCACCAUACUUGGCUGUAUGUCACGUCCCUUAUGUAUAGUAUCUGCCUUAUAUAUUUUUAAACAAGUGCUUUUGACAUGUAGAUAUUGACUGAUGUGACCAAAUUAAGGAGAAAUGCUUUUGUUUCAUCUUCACCUAAUUCUAUUUACGGAGAUCAUAAUGUCAUUUCUCUGACGUGUAGAUCAUAAGUCAUCCCUUAUCAGCACCCACAGUGUUGGUAUUAGUAGCAGUGGGUGGGAAUAUCAUGCUGAUGACAUUGCUUUAGUCAUUCAGCAAUUCAGCAAUGUCGUGAAACCACCCUUUUCAUGGGACAGACCCAGUAUUGAUUUAAAACUGAAUAAUAUCAUAUAAAUGUUUCAUAUAUCACUUGCACAUCUCACAUUAUCGUUUUGCACUUAUGAAAACUGAUAAAAGUGUCCAUGGACCAGACAUGAUUCAAUUACCCAUAAACAGUUUGUUGUGAAAUCACCCAGAAAUUCUUAGUAACAUUUUGUCGUUACACUUCCCUUUUCUCAUGUUCUGAGACAGUCAACAUUUGGCAAAACUACCUUAUUUGACCACUCUGACGAUAAUUCAGAUUUACAAAAGACAGGAUGACGCAAAGUCAUUUUCUUCUGUAUGUGUUUGUACAGGAAGUGUUGAGUCUAUAACAGCCUGUGUGUUUGGCAUUGUCAUUAAUAGAUCAGUAUGGACCCCAGUCUACUUACUCUAAUGCUUUUGCUGAUUUCUAACAUCCACCCUGGACAAUCUGAAGUAUUUACAGACAAACCCAAAUUAACUGUAAAGCCCCAGAGUUCAGUGUUCACUGGAGACACAGUUACUCUGAGCUGUGAUGUGGGACAGUCAACGGGACGAACGAUUAUCUGGUACAAAGGCUUCCAGACAACAGGAACUGGUGAUCAAACAAAAACACUGAGAGAUGUGAGAGUCUCUGAUGGAGGAGAAUAUGCAUGUGCUGUAAGAGGAGAGACCACACAAGGCCAAAGAGUCAUGCUAACAGUAAGAGAGAGACCCAAGCCUGCAGUGCGAGUUCAGCCUGAUGGACGUGUGUUCAGAGAACAGAUGGUCACUCUCACAUGUGACAUACAGGAGACAGAUGUCAGCAGCUGGAGCUACAGCUGGAAUAAAGAUGAUUCAGUGAUUCAUGUCAGUCAGUCACAGGAAUACAGAAUCAGUUCUGUUAAUGAAUCUCACACGGGUCAGUACAGCUGUACUGGAAGAGAAACAGGAGGAUCACGAUACUCACACACCAGUGAUAAAGUUACACUGAUCCUAUCAGGAUCUUUAGUACCAACAUUUUCGGAUGCUCUGAUCAUUGGAGUGAGUUCAGGACUGAGUGGUGCAUUUCUGCUCAUUUUCUUACUGGUCCUGCUGUUCUGCUGCAAGCGCAACAAAGGUGGAGGAUCUCCGUCUCCCUCUACAGACCAUCAGCUGCCAAACAUCAGUCAGACAUCAGAGCAUCAGAGGAAGAAUGGACAAACACCAGCAUGCUCCAAUGCUGUAAUCGAGCCUUCUUGUGUGACCUAUGUAAAUGUUGACCUGAAAUCAAUGGAGGAAAUGAGGGAGAAAAAGAAAGUAAAUAAAGGAAAGGAGAGUUUUGACACAGUUUACUCCAAAUUAAAGAUUUAAGGUGCUGUUGCUGGAUCAAUAUGAUGAAUGCUCAGACAACUUUCAUCAACACUGGAAUACAAAAACAAAAAAAAAUGAGUUGAUGAAUUGGAUAUAUCACCCUGAUUAUUAAUCAUAUUGUUUAAAUUAUUGAUCAUAACAUGCAAAUCUUCAUAAUCUGUGACAUUUUAAAACAUGAUUCUGACCACUGAUACAGUACUGCAUUUACUGUUACAUUUCCAAUAUGUAUUACAGAAUUAUAAAUAUCAUAAGAAAAUAGUAAUAGGCCCGUGUUUAUGUAUUUAUCUAUCUUCUCGUUGUCCACUAGAUGUCAUCACAGAGAUGAUUUGGUUGUUUCAUCCACAUUUUAGUGUGUGAAAGUUUUUGAUUUGCACUUAUGCAUUCUUUUGGUAGAUAUACUGUGUGUGUUAGUCCUCUUGCUUUCAUACCUGCACUGCUUGUAGGCUGCUUUAAUCAUGUAAGCUAAUCAAAUGUAUUUUUCAAACAAGUUGCAAAAUCUAAAUAAAGUACUAUAUCGCUUGUGAA